AUGUCAGCACUCGCAACCGCUCCAGUAGCACUGCCCGCGUGGGCAGCAGAGCUCAAGAACCCGCCAGCGCACAAGCUGAAGCCGGACAGCAUUCCUGAUCCGCCAGGCUCUCCGUGGGCGUCAUCGCAAAUCUCGACCGGCUCCAAGGUCACCGCCCCCCCCCGCAAACCGCCGACGCCCGCCGAGAUGGACACGCUGAAGCUUAAGAAGGCGUGGGAGGUGGCGCUGGGCCCGAUCAAGAGCCUGCCCAUGACGGCCAUCAUGAUGUACAUGUCGGGCAACUCGCUGCAGAUCUUCAGCAUCAUGAUGGUCUACAUGGCUUUCAAGAACCCCAUCAUGGGCAUCCUGGCCACGAACCAGGCGUUCGAGCGCUUCGAGACCGAGGGCAACCGGGCCAAGAUCCUCCAGGUCAAGCUGGCCUACGUCGUCAUGCAGCUGGUCGCCCUGGCGCUCGGGGUGUGGAAGGUCAACUCGAUGGGGCUGUUACCGACAACGAGAUCGGACUGGCUUGCGUGGGAAGCCCAGCGCGAUGUACUGGAACAUGCGGUACCAGGGUUAUGA